CCUCCUUCUUGCUAAGAUCAGCCAGUUGUGCUUAAAUACGUUUACUAUCUACCCCUAGCAUGUUUCCUAAGAUAGAAUUAUAGCUGUAGAGAGUUCUUGAGUUGUCUUCCAGUGCGAUGGCUAUUUAGAUAUCCGCGGGUGUUGGCGUGGGAUCCUCGAAUCGCUGGAGUUCCAGGAAGCCGCUUCCUCGUGGGCUUCGAUCUCGGCCGCGCGAAUGAUACGCGCCAGCCCCCUAGACUCGCUCACGAGCUAAAUGCUCUAGGAAAUCCCUGUUGUUGGCCGGUUCUAUAUCGGUGAGUUGUAUCAGACCGCAAUCGUCCGUCAUUCGAUGCUCGCUAAGGUUUGCGCGGGUGUAUGUCGAAAUUUCGGAGUAAGGAAGCGCAGAUAGUCGCAAACCAAUGCGACUUGCGGUCAACGGCCGAGCUGGCGGCGCCUCUUGAGGGCUGUGCCGACGCCGGCAUGCCCCGGAUCAAGGGGUACGUGAGUGCAGCCGUGAGCCAACAGGACGCCGCAUUCGAAGGCACACGACACGGGAAGAGGGAGUGCGCUAUUUGGUCUAACGUAAAUUCGUCCCGGAACUUGCAACCGCAGCCGCUACGCGAAAUAGACUUCUUCAUUUCGUUGUCUUCGCUAUCAAGCCUCUACGGCAGCUUAGCGCGGUCGAAUCGGGCGGCGGACCGCACGUUCCAGGACGCGCUGCCGUGUUACGGCGCCCGGUGGUCCUUAGCGUAGGCAAAGGCCUAACCCGGGUAGUGUUGAUUUU